ACGAAAUUUCCACCAAAUAAAUCAUUAUCACAACGAAAUUCCACAUCAACAAUAAUUACAAAAGACGACUUAAACAAUGACCUUUUUUCCUAUAUAAAUAACACCUACAAAGCACCUUCGGCACCACGCUAUUCCGCUGCACCACCUCUCAUUCGUGUGAAAUCAUGGGGAACUUGUUCUGUUUGGUUCAAGUAGAUCAAUCUACUGUUGCUAUAAAGGAGACUUUUGGGAAGUUUGAUGAUGUUCUUGAGCCGGGCUGUCAUUGCGUGCCUUGGAUAUUUGGAAGUCGGCUUGCUGGACAUCUUACUCUCAGGGUUCAGCAGUUGGAUGUCAAGUGUGAGACCAAAACAAAGGACAAUGUUUUUGUCAAUGUUGUAGCUUCGAUUCAGUAUCGUGCUCUGACUGAUAAGGCGAGUGAUGCGUUCUACAAACUCAGCAACACAAGGGCCCAAAUCCAGGCCUAUGUUUUUGAUGUUAUAAGAGCUAGUGUUCCAAAGCUUAAUCUUGAUGAUGUGUUUGAGCAAAAAAAUGAGAUUGCCAAGGCUGUGGAAGAAGAACUUGAAAAGGCAAUGUCUGCGUAUGGUUUUGAGAUUGUUCAGACUUUGAUUGUUGAUAUCGAGCCCGAUGAGCAUGUGAAGAGAGCAAUGAACGAGAUCAAUGCAGCUGCAAGGCUAAGGGUGGCGGCUACUGAGAAAGCCGAGGCUGAAAAAAUUCUACAAAUCAAGAGAGCUGAGGGUGAGGCUGAGUCGAAAUACCUGUCUGGUUUGGGUAUUGCGCGCCAACGACAAGCGAUUGUGGAUGGGUUAAGAGACAGUGUGUUGGGUUUCUCGGUCAAUGUGCCUGGGACGACGGCUAAAGACGUGAUGGACAUGGUUCUAGUGACUCAGUAUUUUGACACCAUGAAGGAAAUUGGGGCUGCAUCCAAAUCGUCUGCUGUGUUUAUUCCUCAUGGACCUGGUGCUGUUCGUGAUGUGGCUACUCAGAUACGUGAUGGUCUUCUUCAAGGCAGUGCUGCUGCUAGUUGAUUUUCGGAGUUUGAUGGCAAUGCAAUCGUAAGAGUACAGUUUCAUGUUUUCUUAAGUAAUCGUGGUUUAUGUUUUCAACUAUGUGUAUAUGGAUGGGGUUAUGAAAUGAUGUCUAUACGGAUAUUUCCCGCUUGAAUAUGGUUUUCUAAAUUUCAGUUUUUUUAAAAAGUGUGGGGUUCUGAAACGAGUAGGAAUUAAAAUA